UCAACAGUGCGAGAGACAUGUCUGGUGUCAGUGGACUCCAUAAAUGUAAGAAGAAGUCGGAUUCUUCAACUGAAGGGAGAGCUAAGCAGUUCUGUGUUUUCAUUGGUGAGAAGAUACAUGGACAUGCCAAAAGAGGUUGCUGCUAGUGAAUGUGGUAGCAUAGCCUGCAUUCCCCAGCAUAUCGCUCAUGAGCCUCACCAACCUCCUCCACUCCCUCAAGAGAAAGUCGUUGUUGUUGGUAAAGAGACAGUUGUGUAAAACAUCACCAGGCAUACAUGUAACACAAGGCAGUCAUGUACCAGUAAAGAUUAACUCAAGUUCUGUCCUUUGACAUCCGCACUGUGCCUAGUAAAGAGGCUUUCUACUAUUCAAGAAUGAAUAGUAAAAGGUGUUUUUACAACCUACAGUUAAAUUUCACAACAAAACAGGAAAAAAUUCCACAAUUUCAGUCAUUAGCUAAGAACAGCCUUCAUAAAACUGAAACAAACAUAUAAUGCCAGAGAAAAUCUACAUCACAAAACUAAAAACAAACAGAAUUCACUUUGCUAACAACAAGAAGAAAAGAAAACCCAAUGAUUUCAUUCCCAUGGAAACAGUGAAGUUGAUUUUUAGAGUGAAAGAUUUUAAAGUACUUGAUAGUCAAAAAAAUUAUGUUUUUACAGGAUAGAAAAAUAUGAAGAUAUGACUUGAUGAAUUGCAACCAUGUUCCUACUACACUGUGGUUGACAAUUUAUUAUAGUAAACCGAAAACUGGCCCUCAGCAUUUUUGUAAGGGCAAGCAAGUUUUGUUUCCCAAUAGAAUGGGCAAAUAGACAAUCAAAUAGACCAAUAAAUAUAUAGUUGUGAUCUGCAACAUAAUGUACACCUUGUUUGUAAUGGAAUGAUGUCUUGUGUGGUACACACUCUUUUGCAACUGCCUUACAUAGUGUUGCAGCCACAAGAUGUUGUUGGUAAUUUCACUUACAUCUGUUUUGGCAAUAAUAUUGAUUACAAAAGCACAUGUAGAAAAGAGUUGCAUUUUAAACCAAAAGGGUUAUUCUGAAAAAAAGCAUCCAAACAUACAAGUUUCAUUAAAAGAGAGCAUUUUUCCAGGUUAACUCAUGUGAUAUUAUACACCUGUAGUUGAGUAGAGAAGAUAUCUUUCAAAUUAAUGAUAACAGCUAAAUGCAUGCCUCCUCAAUCUUGGGGUGUGCAAUUGAAACAAAACCAUAUAAAUUGCUAAAUAACAACAAAAAAAGUGCAUGAUUUUCAAGCCAAACAUAUGACAUUUUCCUAAUAUUAUUAUUUAAUUCAACAUAGAUUAGAAGAAGAAAAAACUAAAAACCAAAAUUAUAUAUUUGAUUCAAAGGGAUCAAACACUAUCAUGUGGAAUGUUAAGUGUAAGUUCCCUUCAAAGGUAUUGUUUCAGUGUCAACUCAAUUUGAAACAAACUGCAAAGGUUGGAAGACCUUUAGAAAUAACAGUAUUUAUGGUGACCGGUUGGUUUAACUAUUUUAAAAUUAUUUGUAACAACAUAUCAAUAAUAUAUAUCUUUAAAAAUACUUAGAGUGGGUAGUUAUGGACUGUAGAGUGCUAGGGUUUUUACUUUUUAUGUAAUUUAUGAGUGAUUUUUUAGACAAGUAUUCAACUGAGGGUUGAUUUUUAUAUUUGUAGGGGUAAGUUUUUGUUGUUGUUUUUGUUGUUUUUAAGGAUCAGUGGCAUGUACUCAGAUACCAACUUACAAAAAAAAACUUUUGUUUUGAUUUGUUACCUAUUUCACAAGAAGAAAACAGGCUUACUAUUUUAAAGCGACAAAAUUUUACUAGUUC